AUGUCAAAGAAUGCGUCGUGGACAAAUUAUUACACCUCGUCAUCUGCAAUUCUUUCUGCAAUUCUCCAUUCAGUUUCGGAUAUGCUUCUAUACCUGGCAUAUGGCAUUCUCACCUUGGGUCAAGCUAUUCAGCUUUUCAAAGAGGAAUAUGACACGGCCAAGAUCGCUGGUAUGCCAGAGUCAUGGAUCCAAGGACAAAUAGCCGAAAAAGCAGCAGAGUACAACGUUAAUGAGGUAGAAGACUUGCUCUUGUCAUAUCCUCGAUAUAAAGAAUCAUUGGAAAAGUUAGUCACUAUUUAUCUACAACGCUUCAACAAUCUGGCUAAAGAAGAGCUGAGGUUUUUUCUUAAGAUUUUUCCACAUUUUCUUAACACGUACACGGUCAAAAUACUCCCACCAAGAAAUUUCAAUGCAACACGCAAAUAUGUCUGCAGGGAUUAUAAGCAAUUAGCGGCACCUGCUCGGAACAAUUUCGACCUCAACUUCCCUCAUAGAGCAAAGAUGCUUCGUGAACACUGUGGAAUGAAUGUGACCGUAUUUUGAUCGU